AGGGGUUGGGGUUUCGACGACUACCUUCUCUCUCUCUAUCUGAAUUGUUGAAGUUAAUUAGUUUCGUCACCGGAACUUUGACCUACCUCUUACUCUCUCGGAGUAUUGAUUCCCGGCGUUUAGCGAUGGGAGAAAGAGGACAGCUCGAAGCGUCGAUAGAUCGUCUUCUGAACGAAGAGAAGCAAAUGAGGCUUGCGGAAAAUGUCGCCGGAACGAGGAAAGCCGCUAUGGAGAUUCUGAAGCUUUGUUUCGAGGCUAAAGACUGGAAACUUCUGAACGAACAGAUUUUGAAUCUGUCGAAGAAACGUGGCCAGCUUAAGCAGAAUCGGUGCUUAGUGUUGUAUGAGCAAGGAGACACGAUUGAUUUGAUUGCAAGACUUUAUGAUAUUAAAGUGGAAAGGUCUCUUCGUUUGCAGGCUGUACAAUCAAUGGUGCAACAAGCAAUGCAGUACAUUGAUCAGACACCAGACAUAGAAACUCGGAUUGAGCUUAUCAAGACCCUAAACAAUGUAUCUGCAGGAAAGAUAUAUGUGGAGAUCGAGAGAGCUCGUUUAACCAGGAAGCUUGCCAAGAUUAAGGAAGAACAGGGUCUGAUUGCCGAAGCUGCAGAUCUUAUGCAAGAAGUUGCUGUGGAGACAUUUGGUGCUAUGGCAAAAACAGAGAAGAUUGCAUUCAUCCUUGAACAAGUUCGGUUGUGCUUGGAUCGACAAGAUUUUGUCCGUGCACAAAUCUUAUCUAGGAAGAUCAAUCCAAGAGUAUUUAAUGCAGAUACCACGAAGGGUAAAAAGAAACCUAAGGAAGGUGAAAACAUGGUAGAGGAGGCUCCAGCUGAUAUACCAACAUUGUUGGAGCUAAAGCGGAUUUACUAUGAACUAAUGAUUAGGUAUUAUUCUCACGACAAUGAGUACCUUGAGAUAUGCCGUAGCUACAAGGCGAUAUAUGAUAUCCCUUCAGUAAAGGAAAACACAGAACAAUGGAUUCCAGUUCUGAGGAAGAUAUGCUGGUUCUUGGUCUUGGCGCCCCAUGAUCCGAUGCAAUCGAGCCUGCUUAAUGCAACCUUGGAAGACAAGAAUUUGUCAGAAAUUCCUGAUUUCAAGAUGCUUCUAAAACAGGUUGUGACAAUGGAGGUGAUUCAGUGGACAUCUCUCUGGAAUAAAUACAAGGGCGAGUUUGAGAAAGAGAAAAGCAUGAUUGGGGGGUCCUUGGGUGACAAAGCUGGUGAAGAUCUCAAACUAAGAAUCAUCGAACACAAUAUUAUCGUUGUCUCAAAGUACUACUCAAGGAUUACCUUAAAGAGACUUGCAGCACUUUUAUGCCUGACCAUUGAGGAAGCAGAGAAGCAUUUAUCUGAGAUGGUUGUGUCCAAAGCCUUGAUAGCAAAAAUCGAUAGACCAUCGGGAAUAAUCUGCUUCCAGAUGGCUGAAGACAGCAACGAAAUUCUCAACUCAUGGGCGACAAACUUGGAGAAGCUCUUAGAUCUUGUUGAGAAGAGUUGUCACCAAAUUCACAAAGAAACUAUGGUUCAUAAAGCCGCACUAAGAGCUUGAGAAACCUGUUUAGCAGAGAGAUGGAGAGAAUCUUUCAGGUUGUUGCCAUUUGUCCGAAAAUUCUUCAUUCGAGUUUUGUUUCUUUGUUUGUGUCACAUACACUAGAAUAUUUAUUCUGUGUGUGAUCUUUAAGGAAACCUUUAGAGAGUACACAAAAAAACUCUUAGUUUUCUUUUUCUCCCUGUUGUCUUAUCAUUUUUUUUACAACGAAUUAUUAUGCAAAAAUAUGAUAAAUAUUGAAAAAAACAAAACAUGCAAGGAAGGAAGAAGGAAAGCAAUACAAACCUAAAACACUAUAAUAUUUAGGUAAUCGUUUUUUUAGUUCUUUUCUAUAACUAUACUAUAGCAAAAGAAAAGAAAAAAAUGAAGCAAUUCAUCAGGAUGAUGGACUGUUAUUACUUGUCUUGUCUGGUGACCAUUGUAGAUCCUGGAGAUAACCAGUUUCGUUUGCCGAUUCCGGCAGAGGCUGAACCGCUGCCGGAGAAAACAUAGGAAGAGAAUGAGACGACGAUGAUGAAGUGGAUUGCAUUGUCGAACCUCCCGUGUGGCCAAAACGCAACGGAAACGACAUUUGAUCAUAUAAACCCAUAGAUUGUUGUUGAUGAUGUUGCUGAAACUGUUGCUGUUGACGAGCCAUCAUCUCUGAGUAAUUCAAGUUGUAGGAUUGCACCAACGGCUGAGAAUGAACGAUUUGCUCCGAAGCAGGUCUUAUGGGCAAAAGGGUACUUGUGGAACCCGAGUUCCUUAACUGGGUCGGUCUCUGAACAGCGGGUUGCGGCACAGAUUGUGCUGCAGCGGUUGAAGCGGGUCGAACGAGUUUAACGUUCUCAGGGAAGUUGAGUUUGGCUUUGUUGCCUCUAAACCGAAGUGCAGCUUCGUCGUAAGCUCGUGCAGCUGAUUCAGCGUUGUCGAAAGUACCGAGCCAAACUCUAGCCGCUUUGAACGGAUCUCUAAUCUCAGCCGCCCAUUUUCCCCACGGUCUUUGUCUCACUCCUCUGUAUCUUCUCCGAGGUUGGUCCCCACUAGACGACGACGUUUCGGUAUUAGCAUUUGUUGUGGUCGUGUAUUCAUAUGUUGGGCCUGAACCUGACAUGUUGCUCGAAGCUUCCCUCACU